AUGCCUGGCGUGAACACCAUCAAGCUGCUUACGGGCAACAGCAGCCCCGAGAUGGCCGCUCUCGUACUUGGUGUGCCGCUGACGGAGUGCAUCUGCCGCAAAUUUGCGGACCAGUCAAUCGACGUUCGCAUUGGCUCCUCGGUGCGUGACCAGGACGUUUUCGUGAUACAGACGGGCUAUUCUCCUUUUGUGGACACGAACGAUGCACUAAUGGAGCUGCUUAUAAUUAUGGAUGCUUGCAAAACUGCGUCUGCGCGACGCAUUACUGCUGUAAUUCCGUGCUUUCCCUACGCACGCCAGAACAAAAAAGACAAGAGCCGCGCACCAAUCACGGCCAAGCUGGUAGCCAACAUGAUUAUGACCGCGGGUGCCGACCAUGUAAUUACUGUGGAUCUGCACGCAAGCCAGAUCCAGGGCUUUUUUGAUAUCCCCGUGGACAACCUUACAUGCGAGCCGAGCAUUGCGCGCUGGAUUCGGAGCAAGGUCGACGACUGGCGCGACGCGAUCAUUGUGAGCCCCGAUGCAGGCGGUGCAAAGCGGACGACAUCCAUUGCCGACUUUCUUGGCAUUGAAUUUGCCUUGAUCAACCGCCGUCGCGAGCAGGCACAGUCGCGCCGACUCCGCGUCCAGUCCAUCGAAGGCAAGCACAGCGACUUGUCCAGCUCGACAUUUUCUGAAAUUGCAAAUGGUGUGCACACACUGAGCGAAUCGGGUGAGUGGUUUAUUCAAGAAGAAGGCGGGCGGCGGCUGCGGUCCGGAGGCCGCAAGUUGGCAGAAGACAUUGCGUCUGAGGACGAAAACGAUGUCAAGCUCGAGGUGCUGGUCGGCGACGUCGCUGGCAAGACUGCCAUUCUCGUAGACGACAUGAUUGAUACAGGCCGCACAUUUGCCCUUGCGUACAAGACGUUGGAAGCUGCGGGUGUGAAGCGCGUGUUUGCCAUUGCAUCGCACGGCCUGCUCUCUAAGAAUGCCAUGCAGCUUGUCCGGCACCUCAAUCUAGAGAAGCUGGUCGUGACCAACACGGUUGAAAACGAUGGACGCGUGUUCGAGAGUGGCGGCAAGCUUGAGAUCCUCGACAUGUCAGCCGUGAUUGGGGAAACGAUCCGCCGGUCACACCACGGCGAGAGUAUCUCGACCAUGUUCCGGCAGGACGCAGAGGUGAUGUUUUAG